AGGUCCGUGGACCAGAUCAACAGAUUUGAUUGGUGCAAGGAGCGUUUUCACACAUAGACGACAAAGGUAAUGAUGAUGAUGAUGAUGAUGAUGCUGCUGUGGGCGGAGGCUCCCGCUCCGGUUAAUAGGCUGAGGACCCUACCGGCUCCCAACCAGUCCGGAACUCUAACCAGUCUGUCAGUAAACUUUCCCACAGCGGAGACGGACUGGGAGCCGGGACGGAGGACACCAGCGUGCAGCACGAUCCUCCCAAGCUGCCAACCCACAACCUGCAUUGAUUCCCAAAGCUGAGGUUCACGACGAAAGAAGAAUUAUCUCAUACUUCUACUUGAUAACUUCUUUAUUCUGUAUAUAUAACAAUGUGCAGAUUACUGUAUUUCAUGCUUUUCCUGCUAAACUGAAACAGUUUGAAGCCCUGAAACCAGAUUAAAAGUUAGCUGUGGAGUUGGAUUUUAGUGUUAUUUUUAUUGUAUCUGCACUUAAAUGUUUAUAUCCAACACCUGGAACAAAACCAGCAUUUAGUUCUGUUGUGUUAAAGAGCUACAAAAGUGCUCAACCAUGGCAGCUGCAAUCAUGGAAGUGGCAGACAUCACUGUUGUGGUGAUCUACUUCAUCGUGGUGCUAGCAAUCGGUUUCUUUGCCAUGUAUAAAUCCAAUAAGAGCACCGUGAGCGGCUACUUCCUCGCCGGUCGCUCCAUGAACUGGGCGGCUGUCGGAGCCUCUCUGUUCGUCAGCAACAUCGGAAGCGAGCAUUUUAUAGGACUUGCUGGAUCCGGUGCUGCUAGUGGCUUAAGCGUGGCUGCGUGGGAAUUAAACGCUCUGUUAUUGCUGCAGUUGUUAGGCUGGAUAUUUAUCCCUGUGUACAUCCAGUCUGGAGUCUACACCAUGCCAGAAUACCUGUCCAAGCGGUUCGGCGGAAAACGGCUUAAAGUGUAUUUUGCGGCGUUAUCUCUCGUCCUGUACAUCUUCACCAAGCUGUCCGUGGAUCUCUAUUCCGGCGCCUUGUUCAUCCAGGAAUCCUUAGGGUGGAACCUCUACCUGUCAAUCAUCCUCCUAAUCACCAUGACGGCUUUGUUGACAGUCACAGGAGGUUUGGUCGCCGUUAUCUACACCGAUACAGUUCAGGCGUUCCUCAUGAUCGCCGGAGCACUCUGCCUCACCGGCAUCAGCCUCUUCAAAGUGGGAGGACUUGAAGGGGUCAAGGCUAAAUACAUGCAGGCAUCUCCGAACAUCACUGCCAUCUUGCUGUCUUCACCCAACUUGACGUAUUCUGAAUCCUGCCACCUGCACCUCCACCCCAAGCCAAAUGCUCUGAAGAUGCUUCGAGGCCCGAGGGAUCCAGAUCUGCCUUGGCCCGGUUUUUUACUGGGCCAGACUCCUGCAUCCAUUUGGUACUGGUGUGCAGAUCAAGUGAUUGUACAGCGUGUCCUGGCAGCGAAGAAUAUCGGCCACGCCAAAGGUUCUACUCUCAUGGCGGGCUUUCUGAAAAUCCUCCCCAUGUUCAUCAUUGUCAUCCCAGGGAUGAUUUCCAGGAUCUUCUUUGCUGACGAGUUGGCGUGCAUCAGCCCUGAGCACUGCAUCGAAGUGUGCGGCUCUGCGUCCGGCUGCAGCAACGUGGCUUACCCGCGGCUCGUCAUGUCCGUGAUGCCCGUCGGACUCCGAGGCCUCAUGAUGGCGGUCAUGAUCGCGGCUCUGAUGAGCGACUUGGACUCCAUCUUCAACUCGGCGAGCACCAUAUUCACGCUGGACAUCUACAAGAUGCUACGAAAGCAGGCGUCCUCCCGGGAGCUGCUGAUAGUCGGCAAGUUGUUUGUGGUCUUCAUGGUGGUCAUCAGCAUCGCCUGGGUGCCCGUCAUCAUCGAGAUGCAAGGAGGCCAGAUGUUCUAUUACAUCCAAGAAGUUACAGAUUACCUGACUCCGCCCAUAGCUGCUCUCUUCCUGCUCGCCGUGCUGUGGCGUCGCUGCAACGAGACAGGAGCCUUCUGGGGCGGCUCGGUAGGGUUCACCCUUGGUGCACUGCGUCUGAUUUUGGCGUUGGUUUACCGCGAGCCUCACUGCGAUCAGCCUGACGAGCGGCCAUCGUUCAUCAAAGAUGUCCACUUCAUGUAUGUGGCAGCCAUCUUGUUUUGGGUGUCGGCUUUGGUGAUGGUUGUUGUGAGUCUCUGCACUCCUCCACCCAGAGAAGAACAAGUCAGAACCACCACUCUGUGGGGGAUAAACAAAAGAAAGAGACUAAAACAGCAAGAAAAAGACCAAGCUGGAGAAGAUUUCAAUGCUUUGAAGCCUCUAAACCUUGCAAUGCUCAAUGGAAACGGCAAAGAAAAGUGCCAAGGCGUUGAGUCCAAUCAUGAAAAUACUCAACCAAGCAACGGUCACCCUAUAACAGCCAGUGACACAGAAACGCAUCUUCAAAGCCAGAAUGGUUGCCACUCAUUGAUCUCAGACCCUAAAAUGGUAGAAGAGGGAGAAGGGAGAGGAGCAGAGGAAGGUUGCCUUGGAGGAGGAGAGGAAGGUGGGACAUGUAUGAAGGUCCUCAAGUGUUUCUGUGGCUCCCACGAGGAGCCGUCCAAAGCUCAGGUCAUCACCGUCCAGGAGCAGGAAAAGAUCAUGGACGAGCUUCUUCAUGAACCUCGACGAACCAAAAUCAUCCUAAACUUAGGACUUGCGGUGAUUUGUUCUGUCGGGAUCUUUCUCUUCAUCUAUUUCUCUGUCUAGGCUUGUAAAGUACAAACAGGACUGGUUUGCAGGUGAGAUUCAGUUUAGGCUGCAAUCUAAAUCUAUUUUUAUCUGUUUUUUCUUCCUACAAAAUUGGAUCAAGAACCCCAAAUAGAUUUGAAAUAUGCUCAAGAUAAUGCUGAGGAACCAACUCUUGAAAAGUUUUUUUUACAAAGAAAUUUGUAUUUGUUGUAUAUUAUGAAAUGUAUUUUUGCACUGUACUUAUAAUUGGUGGUAACUGUCAUGGGUUUAAUAUGUCGUUGACAUGAGUCACAUAACUUGGACUUGUGUCACAAAUUUAGUAUGACUUGAUCAAAUCAGCAAGACCAGGUUCUGGGGGAUGAUGAGACAAGUUAGUUAAAAAACUGCAUGAUGGAAACAUUGUGGAUGAAAGAGAGUCUCUUCUUCUGUUUAUUGGCAGUUGACAAACAGAUUAAAGGUGUAUUACUGCUGCACUCUCAGUCUGAUCUUGUUAAUAAUCGUAACACGAUAUGCACUAGUGCUCAUCAAAAAGUCAAAAAGUGAUGUUAAAAAUAAGCAUUUAAUGAGAUCUUUUUGUUGUUUUUGUAAAAAAUAAUUUUCUACAACUUUAAUAGAACUUGUGUCCUCCACAUAAACGGUUUAAAAUCUUUAUGAAUGUAAAUUAUGUUGUUUUUAUUAAUUUGUAAGAGCUGAUGCUAACCCUGAUCUCAGAUGUGAAGGAGAGCAACUCCUCCUCCUGGACUGAUCAUCUGACAAUUACAAUUGAAUUCUGAAGAAACUGAUUAAAUUGAAGAUAACUUCAGUGGUAUUUAUCAUUGUUACUGUUGUGAGGAUUUUCAUUAAAGCUUCAUUUGCUAUAAAGUUCUUGUUGAAAUUCAUUUUGGGGCCGAGAUAUCAAUA